CUCUUCCGUCCGUGAAGGCAAGCAUCAGUGCGGCCCUGUCGUUCGACGAGUCAUCCGUAACGCCGACCACGGGUCAGAGCGACCAGCCCCAUGCUGGAUGUUGUUGAACACUUGGUGGGCUAUGCCCGCCAGCCGGUCACGGUUGGCACGGCCUGGCAUCAGCUCUGGGAGCCCUCGACCUUCCAGUGGCAGCAUGGCCAGACGCCGUUGUCCCACAUCGUCGUGGUUGUAGCCGCCCUGGUGGCUUAUGUGGUCAUUAGUUUUGGCCUGCGCGCCUGGAUGCGCUCCCGCACCCCCUUCGGUGGUCCGAUCUUCAAAGCGUUUGUUGUCUUGCACAACGCGACCCUCUCCGGUGGAUCAGCCAUCAUGGUUGUGGGCUGCGCCUAUGCCACUUACGAACAGUACCGACUUGGGCAAUACGACGACUUGGUUGAGGGCGCCCUCUGCGAUAGCAAACACAUUACGGAGCAGAACAACGCCGUCACCAACACGCACCGCUGGUGGCUGUACGUGUUUUACCUGAGCAAGUUUUAUGAAAUGAUCGACACCUUUAUCCUCGCUCUGAAGAAAAAGGAUUUAACUUUUCUCCAGAUGUACCAUCAUGCCAUCAUUGUUCUGCUCUGCUGGUCUUGGAUCGAUGCCAAAUUCUUUCUGGCAUGGUACGCCAUGGUUGUCAAUGCCACAGUUCAUACCUUUAUGUAUUACUACUUUGGCUGCCAGGCCCUUGGUGUUCGUGUUUGGUGGAAAAAGUGGCUGACAACGGGCCAGCUGGUUCAAUUUGGCACCGUUUUCAUGCUUUUGGUCGUGUAUAUGCGCGUCGGCUUUGUCCAGGUGGAGUAUGGCUCUGCCUACCCUUUCUUGCGUGUACAGAACCGCUGCCAGGGCGAAGCCUGGGCCCCCAUCUUCUCCCAGCUGAUCAACGUCACCUUCCUCUAUCUCUUUGGUGAGCUUUUUGUGCGCCUCUACCACCACAAACCCACUAGCAAGCCCGGUCGUGCCAAAAAGGACUAG